AUGUUUCACGGCUUUCCGGAUGUGCAGAUAGCACCCCGUGACACGGUUAUCAGCGAGGAGUUCCACUUGCAUGAUAAGGAGGGCCGCAUGGGGACAUUACUGCAGCCCAUGGCACAGAGGAUGCGCAUCUCCUUUUCUGCAUUGACAUGUCUCGGUAGUUAUGCGCAGAAUGCCACGUGCCACUACGCCUUGUUUGGCCGGCUUUGCGGCGUGCAGCUCAAUGAAACGAUUGAGGUAACGAAUGUGCUGCCCCCCGUCAUCAACCCCCGACCUCCGGAGGACGAGACGCCUGAACAACGUGAGAAGCGUCUAUUGGCACAGCAGCGGGAGGAGAGACAGAUGUACGAGAGGAUGGGGAAGAUGUUUUUUAAGGAGGAGCUUGAUAGCUACCACGUAGGUUACUUUGCAAUCUGCAGUGCCUAUACCAACGCCCCGUACUCUGUACGAACAGUGCAACAGCUGGCACAAUUGGCGUUGGAUGGCAACCCGAGCGUUCUCGUUGUGUACGAUCCAUUCCGCACGAGUCUGAUGGGUAAACUGUACCUGCGCGCCUUUGUUCCCACGCGUGAGUACGUGGAAUUUUACACAAGACUCACCGACAAACGUAACAUCCUGCGGGAGAACCGCUUGAUGCGGGAAUGUAAUGUCGGCAAGGGCGGUGUUCUGCGGGAGGUGAAGGUGGAGGUGGAUGUGGACGAGUAUCAACUUCUCUGCCUCAGUGGAUUCAACGUUGCACCGCUUUCAAGCACCUGCAGAACGCUGCACUCUGAGGUUAUGACCGACUACAUGGCUGCUCUUAUCGAGUCUGUGCGCCACAACGCAGAUGAGCUUUCCCGUGGGCUUCACAGCGAGAGUUACUUCAGUCAGAAGGAGGAGAGUUACGGCCCGCUGGGUCAGCGCAUCGACACACUGCUGAAGUUAAUGCAGCUGCGCGAGCAGACACAGCAUUUAGAGUCCCUCUGUGAUGGAGUCCUCCUCAACACCUCGCUGCUGCGCGACCUGUAA